UGGCCUAAAUGAUUCCAUGCCAUUCUAAACUGACAAGUGAAGCUGCGAUGAACACUCGACUUAACUAUGAACUAUUCUCAAACCCCAGCGAAACAUGCAGCACGUCACAAUCCAUCCCAGCGUCACCUAACGUACCACACUUGUGCUGUUACGAACAUGUUGGUGAUUCCUGUCCCUCCUCAGCGAGAUCCACUACAAUCUUGGACGAUAACAACAACGCUCUAUUUCGUUCCACAUAUUCCCAUCGGCAUCCGGAACACGGAUCAGCAAAUCGACGCUCCGCCAUGUUCUGUUUUGGAUCCCUUCCGAUUAUUCUAUUCUUUGUCGUGUAUUUUACUUUGGUCUGCUUAGGAGGCUACUGUUUCUAUCUAUUAGAGAUUCCAACGGAGAGAAGCGAACGAUUACGGUUGCAUGCGGCCCAGGUGGCUUUUUUAAAAACGCAUCGAUGUGUUACAAGUAAAGACCUUUUCGAAUUUCUCCAGCACGUGCUUCGGGCUACCAGAAUGAACAUUAUCGCCACAGAAAUCAGGAACAUGAGUCUUUAUGACGGCCUGGAUAUUCCUUCAGACUGGUCUGAAAAGUUUGAUUCCCCCAGUCUCACUGAGCUGCUUGAACGCAUCGGUGAAAUUGCUGGAAAUGAUCUAAAAGCGGAGGAAGAGGUGACAGGAAAUUGGAAUAUCGAUCAAGCCAUCUUUUUUGGGAUGACCAUAGUAACAACAAUCGGUUACGGAAAGGUUUCUCCGGUCACAUUAUGGGGCAAAUUAUUUUGCAUAAUUUUCGCUUGUCUUGGCAUCCCGGCGACCCUCGUCUUCUCCUCAGUUCUUAUAAACAUAUGUAUGGGCCCGAUACGCAAAAACCGCGACCAGCUUGUACGACGAUUUUGCCGUGGGCCCGGGAUGUGGCAGAAAAACUCCGAUACUCGGACUUAUUCUCACACCUUAUCCUUGGAUCAUAGUGCUGAACCAAAUCUACCCAUGGAUCCGCCUGGUCUACCAGUAAUUCUGCCUCCAUGUGAGCUGAACACCCAUCGGACCAUACACCACGCGGUACACUUUGAACACCAUCCACCUAAUCGUGCGGAAGUGAAUGACAGACCUCCACAUGGACCGCGGUUUUCGGGCUCCAUGAAAUACAGACCAAAUGAUCAUCCUGAUGCAACUACAGAGCCACCUGUGUUCAGAGCAGAACGCGCCAACGCGAUGGUACCCCCAAUAUCUAUUGAACUGAGAAAAAAUCUACCGACGGCUCUGUCGGAAUCAAGAAUAAAGGGAGUUUUGUUUACAACUGAUCGACUAUUGAGGCGGAGUUACUCUUGUCCAGACAGGCUGGAAUUGGGUGCACACCGUUGGACAGAAUCACCCGACCCAAAUUACCUGAUUGUUCCUACGAUCUCACCGAAAUCAAACGGAUCAUUACCUGCACUUGGCAGAAAUCAACCACAGGCGGAUCAGUCACCUAGUAUACCAAACAAUGGAUCCAGUAAUAUGUCCAACGUGUACCCAGCAACAACAGAGACAACGUCCGGACAUCCCUCUAAACCAGCACAGCCACGCGCGUCCUUGAGAACAAGAACCAUGUCAUUCAACCAUGGACAAACGAUCACAGAUCCACAACACUCGGAAUUCGACCAGUCUGAUUAUUUGCAGCACAGUAUAAUCACGUCGAGAGCAUCUUUCGCUAGAAUAUCCUUCCUCGCAAUGAUGCACUUUUUGCUAUCCAAAUUUGACCGAGCGUUAGUCACUGGUCUCCCGUUAUCGACAUUUCGUUUGGAGCGCAAAAAGAGCUGUCUGUUUCGAGCGCGUCUUCUUCAUUGCGCACUGGUUACCUUCCUGAACCUCCUCAUCACAAUAAUUCUCCCAGCAGUCGCCUUCUACCUUAUCGAACAUGGAUGGUCCUUCAUGGAUGCUGUGUACUUUUGCGUGAUAUCCAUGACGACCGUAGGCCUAGGUGACCUGGUACCCAGUGGCUACGACACAAUGCUUGUUGAUCCCAGUCCAAUGCUAACCGCCUGGCGGUGGUUUUACUCUGCGGCAACAACAGUCUACCUUCUCAUUGGCGGAAUCGGAUCUGUCGUAUGCCUCUCUCAAUCAUCGAUUGAUUUCGCACAAACA